UUGUGAACCCAUAAAUGAGAUCUAGCUGUAUGUAUGAUUCGAUAGUUGAAGGUUUGUACUUCGCGCCUUUCGGUGAUGCCAUGGAUUUUUUUGGUUUUUGGGUUUUCUGGGAUUUGCAUUUUGAAUGCAAAAUCAUAACUCCAGGACAUACUCAAUUGACGGAUUUUAAACAUAGCCCUUGCAUAAACAAUGCCAUGGCAUUGAGAGCUUGUUGUGUCAAAACAAAGACUCGCCAACAUGUUGUUGAACAUCUUCUUCUGUUGAAAUGGAAAAUUGAAAGCAAUGUUGAUUUGGAUAUUAGGAGCUGAAUUGCUUGCUAUGUCUGUCUUAUCUUUGUUGCAGGUCUUGUUGCUUUACUUCAUUGUAGUUUUUGGACUGCAAGCAAUUUGAGCAAACCACAUAAACCAUGCCUGGAAAUUCCAGUAUAAUGGGUCAAGAAAAUUGUGAAAGCUACUUUAUUUUUCAGGGUGAAACUGGCCUUGGGGUUGGUUUCCGGACUUUCUUAUAUUUUCUUGGUCUUGCUUACUGUUUCGUUGGGUUGUCUGCUAUAACUGCUCGUUUUUUCCAAUCAAUGGAGAGUGUUGUGAGCCACACACGGAAGGUGGUUGAUAUCAAUCCUUACACUGGUGCUGAAAUUAUUAGGUAUGAGAAAGUGUGGAACUUCACAAUUGCAGACAUUAGCCUGCUGGCUUUUGGGACCAGCUUUCCUCAAAUAUCAUUGGCUACUAUUGAUGCUUUAAGAAACCUUGGGAACCUGUAUGCUGGAGGUUUGGGUCCUGGAACACUAGUUGGUUCUGCUGCAUUCGACCUUUUCCCCAUCCAUGCAGUAUGUGUUGUAGUUCCUAGAGCCGGAGAGCUGAAAAAGAUAGCUGAUGUAGGAGUCUGGCUAGUUGAGCUCUUUUGGUCUUUUUGGGCCUAUAUUUGGUUAUAUAUAAUUUUAGAGGUGUGGACACCGAAUGUGAUUACAAUAUGGGAGGCCUUAUUGACAGUACUGCAAUAUGGAUUACUGCUGAUGCAUGCUUAUGCUCAAGACAAGCGUUGGCCCUACUUUUCUCUUCCUUUGCCAAGAAGUGAGAGACCAGAGGAUUGGGUGCCAGCUGAGGUUGUUACGUACAAGAGUGAUAGUGGUCCCCGCAAUAACUACUCUGAGAUAGUUGAGGUUGGUGAGGAUGAAAACAGGAACAUUGUUGACAUUUUCUCCUUUCAUUCAGGAAGUGGUAUAGGUCCAGUGUAUCAAAACGUUCCUGGAACUGAUGAAACUCCUGAAUAUUCCAAUAAAGAUUCGCCAGAGAAGAUGAGUUUAGAAGACUAUCAUGUGUUUGCAAUCUGGGGGCAACAAUUUGUAGACGCAGUCAAGUUAAAAAGCACAGAAUCAAGAAAACUGAACAACCUAUAUUUGCGACUAGCAAGAAUUUCCUGGCAGUUACUUCUUGUCCCAUGGAGACUACUAUUUGCAUUUGUGCCCCCUUAUCAUAUUGCUCAUGGCUGGAUUGCCUUCAUAUGUUCCUUAGUUUUCAUCAGUGCGAUAGCUUACAUUGUAACACAACUCACAGAUCUCAUAAGCUGUGUAACAGGAAUAAAUCCAUAUGUCAUAGCAUUUACUGCAUUAGCAAGUGGAACUUCAUGGCCAGAUUUAGUUGCGAGUAAGAUUGCUGCUGAACGUCAGAUAACAGCUGAUUCUGCCAUUGCAAACAUUACUUGCAGCAAUUCGGUGAAUAUAUAUGUUGGCAUUGGCGUUCCGUGGCUGAUUGACACUGCAUACAAUUUCUUUGUCUAUAAAGAACCACUGCGGAUUGAGAAUGCAGCGGGUCUUAGCUUCUCUUUGCUUGUAUUUUUCUCAACUUCAGUAGGUUGUAUUGCGGUUCUGGUAAUUAGGCGUCGAACAUUGGGUGCUGAGCUUGGAGGGCCAAGGCUUUGGGCUUGGAUUACCUUUGUGUUUUUCAUGUUGCUUUGGCUUAUUUUUGUUUUGCUAUCUUCCCUCAAGGUUUCUGGCAUCAUAUGAGAGAAAUUUUUAUUUUAUUUUUCAAAAGAAAAAUAAAUUCUUUUGCUCGGUAUGAUUUCGGUUUGUUCUCUUCCCGUAUUUAACUAGUAUGAUUAAGUGUACGGAGUGUAUUCCAUUGUAACAUUGAUGUAUACAAUGCACAAAAAUUUCUGAUUAUGUGUAGCUCAUCUGAAGGCAUUGGCGUAUUAUGCACUUUAGCCUUUUCUAUCAAAUAAGGAUAUUGGUAUGUUAUC